UCGCCCCCAGAGCGCGCACACGCGCGCGCGCGCUCACACACCCGCUCACACACUCACACACUCACACACUCACACACGUGUGCGCUCUCCGCUCCGGAGCCGCGGCUGCUCCCGCUCUCAGCGCCGCAGUGGAAGGCAGGGCCGAACCGCUCCUUCUUUAAAUACCUAAAUUACCGCCCGGCCAGCCUCGGCGGCCCCCCGCACAGCGCUCCCGGCGCCCCUCCCGCCAGCUCGCCAGCUGCCAGCCCCGGGACCUUUUCAUCUCUUCCCUUUUGGCCGGAGGAGCCGAGUUCAGAUCCGCCACUCCGCACCCGAAACUGACACACUGAACUCCGUUUCCUCUUAAAUUUAUUCCUGCCUAAUAGCCACUCGCCUCUUUUUUUCCCCCCAUCUCGUCGCUCCAAGAAAACUUUUUCUUACUCCUCAAAGUUAGGGUUCCCCCUGCCCAUCGUGUAUUAAUAUUUCCACUUUUGGAAAGACUUGCAUUUUCUUUUUAAAGGAAUUCAAGCAAGAUAGCUUUUUCUAUUGGACGUUGACUCUCGAUUGUUUGCAAAAGUUUCGCAUUAAAAAAAAAAAAAUCUACCUGAUCUGUACUUGAGAGUUGUUGGUUUCUUUUUUUUUCUUAGUUUUUUUUUUUUCUUUUUUUUUUUUUUAACUUUUUCCACCUUUAAAAAAAAUGCACUACUGUGUGCUGAGCGCUUUUCUGAUCCUGCAUCUGGUCACGGCCGCGCUCAGCCUGUCUACCUGCAGCACGCUCGAUAUGGACCAGUUCAUGCGCAAGAGGAUCGAGGCGAUCCGCGGGCAGAUCCUGAGCAAGCUGAAGCUCACCAGCCCCCCAGAAGACUAUCCCGAGCCCGAGGAAGUCCCCCCGGAGGUGAUUUCCAUCUACAACAGCACCAGGGACUUGCUCCAGGAGAAGGCGAGCCGGAGGGCGGCCGCCUGCGAGCGCGAGAGGAGCGACGAGGAGUACUACGCCAAGGAGGUUUACAAAAUAGACAUGCCGCCCUUCUUCCCCUCGGAAACUGUCUGCCCAGUUGUUACAACACCCUCUGGCUCAGUGGGCAGCUUGUGCUCCAGACAGUCCCAGGUGCUCUGUGGGUACCUUGAUGCCAUCCCGCCCACUUUCUACAGACCGUACUUCAGAAUUGUCCGAUUUGACGUCUCGGCGAUGGAGAAGAAUGCAUCCAAUUUGGUGAAAGCAGAGUUCAGAGUCUUUCGUUUGCAGAACCCAAAAGCCAGAGUGCCCGAACAGCGGAUCGAACUGUAUCAGAUUCUCAAAUCCAAAGAUUUAACGUCUCCAACCCAGCGCUACAUUGACAGCAAAGUCGUCAAGACGAGAGCAGAAGGCGAAUGGCUUUCCUUUGACGUGACUGACGCCGUCCAUGAAUGGCUCCACCAUAAAGACAGAAACCUGGGAUUUAAAAUAAGUUUACACUGUCCCUGCUGCACCUUUGUACCAUCUAAUAAUUACAUCAUUCCCAAUAAAAGUGAAGAGCUAGAAGCAAGAUUUGCAGGUAUUGAUGGCACCUCCACAUAUACCAGUGGUGAUCAGAAAACUAUAAAGUCCACUAGGAAAAAAAACAGUGGGAAGACCCCACAUCUCCUGCUAAUGUUGUUGCCCUCCUACAGACUUGAGUCACAACAGUCCAACCGGCGGAAGAAGCGUGCUUUGGAUGCAGCCUAUUGUUUUAGAAAUGUGCAGGAUAAUUGCUGCCUACGUCCACUUUACAUUGAUUUCAAGAGGGAUCUUGGGUGGAAAUGGAUACAUGAACCUAAAGGGUACAAUGCCAACUUCUGUGCCGGAGCGUGCCCAUAUUUAUGGAGUUCAGACACUCAGCAUAGUAGGGUUCUCAGCCUGUAUAAUACCAUAAACCCAGAAGCAUCUGCCUCUCCUUGCUGUGUGUCCCAGGAUUUGGAACCGCUAACCAUUCUCUACUACAUCGGCAAAACACCCAAGAUUGAACAACUGUCUAAUAUGAUUGUAAAGUCUUGCAAAUGCAGCUAAGAUUCUUGGAAAAGUGGCAAGAUGAUAACCCCGUGGUGCAGGAUCAGGAGGAGAACAACGGCAAGAACAAUGACGAUGUUUGUAACAAGAAAACAUAAGAGAGCCUUGCUUCAACAGUGUUAAAAAUUUUUGAAAAAAGCGGUACUAGUUCAAACACUUUGGAAGUCUGUGUUCUGUUUGUUAAAACUGGCAUCUGAAACAAAACAAAACAAAACAAAUUGAAGGCUUUAUUCUACAUUUCACCUGCUCUGUAAGUGAGAGAGACAAGAAGCGAAACCUUUUUUUUUUUAAGAAAAAAAUAAACACUGGAAGAAUUUGUUAGUGUUAAUUAUGUGAAAGGAAAAAACAAACAAACAGGAAAAUCCCAUUAAGUGGAGUUGCUGUACAUACCGUUCCUAUCCCAUGCCUCACUUGAUUUUUCUGUAUUGCUAUGCAAUAGGCACCCUUCCCAUUCUUACCUUUAGAGUUAACAGUGAGUUAUUUAUUGUGUGUUACUAUAUAAUGAACAUUUCAUUGCCCUUGGAAAAUAAAACAGGUGUAUAAAGUGGAGACCAAAUACUUUGCCAGGAACUCAUGGAUGGCUUAAGGAACUUGAACUCAAACGAGCCAGAGAAAGAAGAGGUCAUAUUAACGGGAUGAAAAACCAAGCAAGUUAUUAUAUGACCAAGCAAGUCUGCAGUAAGAUAAAGACCCCGAAAACACAUGCUAUGUGCCGACUGCCCAAGGAAGCUUCUUGUAAGGUUCAAAACUGAAAAGCCUGUUAAUAAAGGAAACUUUCAGUCAGAAUAAGUCUGUAAGAUUUUUUUUUCUUUUUAAUUGUAAAUGGCUCUUUGUCAGUUUAGUAAACCAGUGACAUGUUGAAAUGUUUUGAUACGUACCGGUCCAACUUCAGACCUUAAAGUAUUGCCGGGUAGCUAUGCUAUAGGUUUUUCUUCGUUUCCGUAUAUGUAACCACACCUACAUUCUUAUAAUAGAUGAGGAGAGAAGCCAGUAUAAUUGGAAACACACCUGCAGAUCUCUUUUGCAAACUAUUAAAUCAGAACGUUAACUACUUUACAUGUAAUGUGUAAAUUUUUACCAUAUUUUUAAUGUUCUGUAAUAAUGUCAACUAUGAUUAUUUCGAUUGGACUUAAAUUGGGGCUCUUUUUAAUGAUCACUCAGACCUGUGUGUUUCCUUUAGCUGGCUAGGACUUUGAGGAAGGCCGCUGUAGUUUGACUUGCAGUACAAAUACGUGUUUUAGAGUAUUUGCUCCACGUGUGCUUUGUGCAUUGUCCAAUAUUAUGACAUAAGCUACCUGAGUCCACUUGUCCUUUUGUUUUCCUUUUAUAAAAAGGAUCGACUCAAGUUCACUAGUCUUCCUUCAUCUUCUAAGCAUCAUUACUAAUCCAUUCAGAUGUUAACCAUCUUCUAUGUUAGGAAAAUGGGACUAUGAUAGAUGUAUAGAUCACUGAGCUGAAAUAUUGUCAUUUUAGCAAGGGCCUCAGGAUCUGACUGAGACUCAGAAUCUUCGUGGCUGGGUGAAGACAGCUUUCUCCAACUUGGUUUCAUCGGUAUGUUCACAGAAUUUUAUGGUUUGUAGAGAUCAGACAGUUCAUAGGAUAUAUCUUCUCCUUUAAUCAGGUUUUUAGUGUUUCGGGGGGAAAUGGAAAGAUUGACAUUUUAGUUGAUUUUUUUUUUUAAGGGAGAAAAAAAAGCCCCGCUCAGCGUAAGUCACUUAGUUGAUUUCACUAAAGUUAAGGUUUUCAUAGAUGUUCUUUGACGGUUGUUAGAAGUACAAGCCAAAUAUGCCCAUGAUCAAAAAAUUCUGUUUUUCCCUCUGAAUGAGAGUUCUCUAGAUCUGAGGCUAGAAUUUACCUUGCUUUAAUAAAUGAAUGAUUGGCCGUAUCGUUGCAGAGAAGGUAACGUUCCGUCAAGGUUGAUAGGAGAUGUCAGUUUACCGGUUGUCUCUUCCUUAGCUUGAAGAGAAAAAUUAAUAGGCAAAACAAUGGAAUAUUUACAGUGUCACCUAAAGGGCAGCAUGGCGAGGUGUGAAUCCAAGUGAAGUUAUUUGAUCUAGUAGACUUCUUGUCUGACAUUUCCUGGCCGUUAAUGAAAUGACAAAUUGGAUUCACAGGUUUGAAAACUGGAAAAGCAAGAGAGGGGAUGCCACGGUAGUAAACGACCCUCGUGUUGGGUGUGACCCGAUCCCAGAAAUUGAGUGUGUUGAUUUUUUUCCUUCCAUUUUCUAUUAAUUCUAUGUAAAUCACUUUUAUUUCUGCAGGUAUUUUCCUCUCAGAUAGAAUGACGUUUUGUUUUGUAUUAUUUUGUCUUUCCUCAUGAAUGCACUGAUAAUAUUUUAAAUGCUUUAUUUUAAGAUCUCUUGAAUCUUUUUUUUUAGUUUGGGGGUUCUGUAAGGUCUUUGUUUCCCAUAAGUAAAUAUUGCCGUGGGCAGGGAGGGAGGUGGGAGGGAAUGGGAAGAUGUUAGUGUACGGG